GGGGGCGGGCUUUCGCUGAUGACAGCCAAUGCCGUGUCACGUUUGUAAUACGUUACUUAGAAUUAGUCGCAUCCGGGUGAGCGUUUUGAGGUCCGCUUAAGUUUUCACUUUGAAGCUGUUGGUUUUCAGUCUUCGGAAUGUACGGAUCCUUUCGGGUGCUGCUGCGGGUGUUGUGGGCCCAGCUGCUCUGUGGGUGGGUGCUGGGCUCCGAGCUAACUUUUGAGCUGCCAGACAACGCCAAGCAGUGUUUCUAUGAGGACAUUAUCAUCGGCACUAAGUGUACACUGGAGUUUCAGGUGGUGACCGGUGGCCAUUAUGAUGUGGACUGUCGUUUGGAGGACCCUGACGGCAGUACACUCUAUAAGGAGAUGAAGAAGCAAUAUGACAGCUUUACCUUCACAGCAUCCAAGAAUGGCACCUACAAGUUCUGCUUCAGUAAUGAGUUCUCCACCUUCACACACAAGACGGUUUAUUUUGACUUCCAGGUCGGCGAUGAUCCUCCACUUUUCCCCAAUGAGAACAGAGUCACUGCUCUCACCCAGAUGGAAUCAGCCUGUGUGUCCAUCCAUGAGGCCCUGAAGUCAGUUAUCGACUACCAGACACAUUUCCGCCUCCGUGAGGCUCAGGGACGCAGUCGCGCAGAGGACCUCAACACCCGUGUUGCAUUUUGGUCCAUUGGAGAAGCUAUUAUCCUCCUGGUGGUCAGCAUCAGCCAGGUUGUUCUGCUGAGAAGCUUCUUCUCUGACAAGAAGACCACUACAACACGUGUUGGAUCAUAACAGCCUCUGAGCUCUGGGAUACAAUUCAUCACUUUCUUUAUCUUUAACUGGGCUUAUGUGCAUGGAGUUGGUUAGAACAGCAGUGCUGAUGUGCAAUUGGAUCAUAUCAAACUGCCAGGUCAUACAAUCUGACAUGUCAUCCACAUUCAGCACUUCUGUUCUUAGAAACUCUGUGCAAAUUAGUCUUGAGCAAAAAGGUGAUGUGUUUAAAUUGUUUUUGAGGGGUUAAAGAAGAAACCUGAAGAAAGGCUUGAUUUUGUUGCUUGUAACUAUCUGUAUUUAAGGCAGUUCAAGCAGCUGGUCAUAUAGUUAUGGCAAACCUUAAGUACUCUGGAUAUUUGAAAUUAUUUCUAAAUGUGUUCUUAUUUUAUUUGUAUUCUUUUCUGCCCCCAUCAUAUCAUACCCUCUCUCUGUCAUCUGUUCCAUUUUACAGCCCAAAUUGUGCACUGAAAUAACUAAGAGAGUGGAAAUUGUAACUAAAUGUACUCGUAAGGAUACUGUAGAUUUCUUCCCUUAUCUGCGGAGCAUUGGGUCUCUAAAACCACAUUAGCAAGGCAAAGAUUGCAUUUUGAUAUGAAAACAAACCUGUUUUGUUUUUUCUUUGUUAUUAAACCUCACUGUAUUUAGUGAUAAGGACUAGAUAUUUGUUUGCUUUUAUCAGCUUUGUCAUUUUAGAUUAGUUAUUUGAAGGGAUGUUGUAUAGACAGUAAGCCAUGAGAGUAAGUUUGUGUUUGGUUUGAGUUAUUGGUGGUCUCCGUCAGUGCAUCAAUUUGACCACACCUAGGUGAAUUUGCUCUUACAAAUACUUAAAUACAUCCAUGUGAAUCAGUGUGGCAGGCAAAAAACUCUAAUACUACUCUUGUGUUUGAAAAUGGCACACUUUGUGGCAAUGCCAACAGUUUUAAAUGCACCAACUUUGUUUCUCACUGAUGUCCACGCAAUGUUAUAUCUAGUGCUGCCUUUGCUCUGCUGUUUAAAGUGCAACAACUUAUUUAUGUUUUGGGCCGAUUUGUCCUCUUUGUUUUAUACAGUACUGUUGUAAAAUUCAUGUUGUUUUGCAAAAUAUUGCUUAAAUAUAAGAUAAUUCUAGUAACUUUGAGUUGUAGUUAUAAUUUAAAAUUAUAUCCCCUUACCAACUACUCAGUUCAAUUUCAAAAGAAACAGAAAGAAAUAUUUGGACAGAGUGAAUGUAAUGUCUGUAGCUAUGAUUCGUUCCGCUAUUAUUUCUUCAUCUGAUCCAAUUAGCAAAAUUCAGAAAAAUUCUGAACAUGCAAGUUUCAAGUUUCUUAAGUAUUCAAUUAAACAUUAAAGCUCACAGGAAACACUGCAUAUAGUGGUCGCUAACUUAACUACUCAUUUUUUUCCCUCACUAUUCCUUAACUAAUUCACUGAUUUAGUUCUUAGACACAGGCAUGGCUGAAACAUGAGUUUAAUUUAAAUGAGAUCCAGUCACCUCCUGGCAAAACUAGAAGACAUUGUGUAAUGUAACAGGCUUUUACAUCUAACCCACUGAAAGUUACUAAAAACUCAACACUUUUUUCUUGUUGAUCUGUGUAACUUGGUCAGAAUUGAUUCCAGAGACUGUGUUAACUCGUCAAAAACAACUAAAAUCAUCAUAAUAAUUAAUAGUUUAUCUAUUUUUAAUAUGUUUCCAGUCAUAAUUUCUGGUUUGACUUUGCUUCCUUUGUCAUACUCUCCCCCUGUUAUUAUAUGUUCAUUGUCAGUUUUGGUAGGUGGUGCAGUGUUGGCAUUUCCCUUUAGGUUUGUGCCCUUUUUUCUGGGGGGUGGGGGUCAUUUUUGGACACAAAUUCAGCUCCAAGACAUUGUGCGAAGGUGUUAAGUUUUUUGGAUGGCUGAAUAAACGUUCUGUUAAAAUA